AUGGUGUACUGCUACCUGACCAGGGCAUUUAGCUACUGGAAAACAAGAAAUUUUCCCGGGCCGAGACCACUCCUGCUGUUUGGAGACCAGAUACAAGUCCUCAGAAAGAUGAAUAUCGGGGUUGUUUUUGAGGAGAUCUACGACAAGUUCCCCUACGAGAAAGUGGUUAGUAUUUAUAGAAUGGCGACACCAAGUCUUCUGCUUUGCGACUGGGAAUUGAUCAAACACGUCCUCAAUAAAGAUUUUGAUUGCUUCUCCGACCGAGGUGUGUCCUUCAGCGUAAAAGGUCUGGGCAACAAUCUGUUCCAUACCGCCUCCGGCCGUGUUGAGGAACCGCUUCAUGUCGAUAUUCACGUCGGA